GUACGAGAUCCCGUUUUAUAACUCAGAAAAAGAAGAAUGAGAUUUUUGGUUGCAAAACAGCUUACUCGUGUGGUAGGGCGGGAGAGCCAGAGGUUCUAUGCUUCAGCAUCAGUGCCAACCACCAAGCUGUACAUCAAUGGCGAGUUUGUAGAAUCCAAGACAGACAAAUGGAUUGACCUGCCGAACCCAGCAACCAAUGAGUUGGUCACACGUGUACCUGUAUCCACCCAGGAUGAGAUGGAGGCAGCAGUGGCAGGGGCUAAGGAAGCCUACAAGACAUGGUCCAAGACCACCCCCCUCACCCGUCAGGGUCUUAUGUUCAACCUUCAGAACAUCAUCAAAAGAGAUAUAAAAAAGCUUGCAGCUAAUAUAACAGAGGAACAGGGCAAGACAUUGGUGGAUGCAGAGGGUGACGUCAUGAGAGGCCUCCAGGUAGUUGAGCAUUGCUGCAGUAUCACAUCCCUCCAGUUAGGGGAAAGUUUACAAGGUAUCGCAAAAGAUAUGGAUCUCGUCUCUUACAGAACCCCACUAGGUGUCACUGCUGGCAUCACACCAUUUAAUUUUCCUGCCAUGAUUCCAUUAUGGAUGUUCCCAAUGGCCCUAGUAUGUGGCAACACAAUGGUAAUGAAACCAUCAGAGCGUGACCCUGGAGCAACCAUGAUGCUGAUGGAGAUGACGCAAGAAGCAGGUUUCCCUAGUGGCAUCGUUCAGGUCAUCCAUGGAGCACAUGAUUCUGUCAACUUCAUCUGUGAUAACCCUGAUAUAAAAGCAAUCUCAUUCGUUGGCUCUGACCAGGCUGGAACACAUAUCUAUGAGAGAGGCUCAAAGAAUGGCAAACGUGUUCAGUCCAACAUGGGAGCCAAGAACCAUGGUGUCAUCAUGCCUGAUGCCAACAAGGAGAGUACCAUCAACCAGUUGGUAGGAGCAGCAUUUGGUGCAGCAGGGCAGAGGUGUAUGGCACUGUCAACUGCUGUGUUUGUUGGUGAAGCUAAAGAAUGGAUUCCUGAAAUUGUAGAAAGAGCCAGUAAACUUAGUGUCAAUGUCGGCACUGCACCAGGAGCUGAUCUUGGGCCCCUGAUCUCCCCUGCAGCAAAGGAGAAGGUGCUGCGAUUGGUCCAGUCAGGUGUAGAUGAAGGAGCAGACCUCCUGUUAGAUGGCAGAGAUGUUCAAGUUCCAGGCUAUGAGAAAGGCAACUUUGUUGGCCCAACUGUGUUACAUAAAGUAAAGCCCGACAUGCAAUGCUACACAGAGGAGAUCUUUGGCCCAGUUUUAGUCAGCACUGAGGUAGACACACUUGAUGAUGCUAUUGAGCUUAUAAAUAACAACCCAUAUGGUAAUGGCACUGCAAUCUUUACCACUAAUGGAGCAACUGCUAGGAAAUUCACUCAAGAAAUUGAUGUUGGACAGAUUGGUGUAAAUGUACCUAUCCCUGUACCAUUGCCCAUGUUCUCAUUUACUGGCUCAAGAGGAUCAUUCAGGGGAGACACAAACUUCUAUGGAAAACAAGGAAUUAAUUUCUACACUCAAGUAAAGACUGUCACUCAGAUGUGGUCCCAGCAAGAUGCUGGAGUCAGCAAGCCAACCACGGCAUUCCCCAAGAUGGAAUAAUGUGAUAAGAAAGAGACUAUAUAGGCAUAUGUAUGAAUAGGAGAUACAAACAAGAAUGAAGAAUCUAAAGCAGAGAACAAAACACUGUGGACCGUUUGACAAAAUUAUGGAAACACAAAAUUUGACUUUAAAUGGGAAACAACUCCAACGCUAGUUUCACAUUAUUUUGUUGUAUCUGACAUUUAUACCAAUAACACAAAUCAUGAUAUUACAUGUAAAUUACAGAAUGAAAAAAACUCUGUAUUUUCCUAGUAAGCCUGUAUAGCUUUUUCCAACUGAAAGUAUUACAGAAGCAAGUAAAUAUGCAAAGAAAUCCCAAGUGAAUAUUCACAAGUUUAAAUGUAAAGAAAAAUAUUGGUAUUGCGUUUUAGGAGUGUAGUCACUGUAUUAAAGAAUGCACUAACAGUUGCAGUUACAAGAAACAAAAGUUCUAAAGUGUGAACUGUGUAUUAUAUGAGAUAUUUUUUAGAUUUUGAACAUGAUCAACAUAUCAAGUUGUAUAUGUAAAAGAUCAUAGGUGUUAAUCAUAGGACAAAAGACACAAUUUAUGCAGUGAUUGAUCUUCAAACAUGGUUGUUUGUAAAAAAAUGUAUUUUUCUACCUGCUUUUUGUCAUGUCUACUGGUUCGUACUGAAGGUCCUUUUUGGGUCUUCUCAAGCACAUCAAUAGUGGGAGUUGUAUCUAACUGUCUAAAUAUGUUUUACAUUUUGCACCACCAGCAUUAUCAAUAUAGAAAAAACACUAAGUUCAUCAAUAAAACAACAGAAAGGGAACCUAAUACUAGGGUUGUCCCAGAAGUAAUGCACUAUAUGCUCUAUCUUUCUUAGAGCAUAUAGUGCAUUAC